GCGGGAUCCGGUCGUCCCAGGAGCCGCAAACUGAAGAAAAACGCCGCCAAAGGGGAUCUCCGCGGCCAGCUCAGUCCGAGGCGCGUCGGAGUUUCCCCAGCCAAGCGUGUGUUCCCCGCCGCCCUUGCGUGUUUUGCCGAGGGGCUGGGAGGGGAAACUCGCGCGCCUUUCUCUCGCCCUUCCCUCCUCCCUCCCACUCGCACUUCCCAAACCGCCGCCGCCAGGGAGAGGCGGCCUCCCGGACAGCCAGGGCCGAGCUCGUCGCGGGUCUGUGUCGGCGCCUCUCUCUCGCCGGGCAGCCAAGAGGGGGCCGCCGCAGCGCCAUGGACUCGGGCGAAGAAACGCACGAGAUGAACGGGCUGGCGACCGGGAACGGCGGCAACGACAGCGCGCCUCCCGAGGAGGCCAGGAAGCCUCAAAGACUAUGGCUACAGAGAAAUGGACCAAUUAACUUUAACCAUUAUGCAAAUAAGAAGAGUGCGGCUGAGAGUAUGUUGGACAUUGCUUUGCUCAUGGCCAAUGCAUCCCAGCUCAAAGCAGUGAUGGAACAAGGACCUUCCUUUUCAUUCUAUGUUCCUCUUAUUGUCCUCAUCAGCAUCUCACUCACACUGCAGAUUGGAGUCGGCGUGCUUCUGAUAUUCCUUGUAAAAUACGACCUUAAUAACCCUGCAAAACAUGCCAAGCUGGACUUCCUCAAUAACCUUGCAACUGGACUGGUGUUCAUUAUAGUGGUUGUGAAUAUUUUUAUCACUGCUUUUGGAGUGCAGAAGCCCUCAACCUCAAAAGCAUAGUAAUGCCAAGGUAAUUUCUGCACAUGGACUGUUUUCUUUUGGAUGCAAAGCAUGAAGAUACUGAAGCCAUCCAAAUACGCCUUUUUAUGCAACUUUCCAUUGAGCUGUUCUGCCAGAAAGAUCAUUCUGAAGUCUCUUAAAUAAGAUGAUCAUCUGCUGUCACUGGGAAAACUAAGUUAAAAACCAUAGUAAGGGUUUGUAUUCAGGGGACUAGCAUCAACAUGUCUACUUUACCUUGUUAGCAUUGCAUCAGAACACACUGCUCUCCAGGUCCUGUUAUUCCCACGAGUCCACAGGCACUCCUCACUCUCUGUGCCUUCUUGAAAGAUGCUGAGCAGGGGAAAAAGUAACUUCUACACACAAAAUAGCAACAGAGUACAGGGAAAUUGUCUUCAUACAGGUAUGGAAAGGCUCACCUGCACUAAUGUGAAAACAACAUUGUCUAGCAAGGAUCUCAGAUGUCUGUGGUCAGUGUUUUAUGUCAUUUAAGUAGAUUAUGUACAUAAAUUUUCUUUUUUUUUACAUAAUUCUCAGUACAUAAUAUGCCUCAUCAUGGAAUUUGAAGGGCUCUCAUUUUGCAAAGGCCAUCACUACUAAUGAUAGGAUGUUUUGAAGGUCAUUUAUUGAUAGGGUUGCCAUAAGUUGGAAACGACUUGACAGUCCGUAACAUACACACAAGGUGCUUGUAAAAUUUAUGUUCUGAAAAGUCCACUAUACCUCAUACUUCUUCUUGUAAAGAAUUAGUUUAGCUCUCAAAAUCCAAGUGAACCAAAGAGACCAGGGGCCUCCCUUUUUGUCUUGGAAACAGCCUUUUAUUUCUUUCGCAAUAUCAGUAGAUAUAUUUAUUCCUGUGUAGGAAAUAUUCCACUCUUAUCUGUGAGCCUCAGUGUAGCUAACAGCCCUUUGAAUAGCCAAUGCUCCUUAAAGGACUCCCAAUAAAAACAGAUUGGGUAAGUAUAGAAGAUGAGUGAUCAAAAAACAAUGGGAAGAAAAACUGAAUAAAACACUGUUCGUAAACAGAUACACACACACGUCAUGUGUGAAAGAGCCACUCACUCUCAUAUAAUAUACAAUCCUUCCUCUUAUGGGUCAUACAUUACAUGGAUGGAAUUUUAACUUACAAAGAAGGUAGGGCCUCAGACAAUACGUGGCCUCUUCUUUCAGUCUACCAUAAUCCAGAUUAGAACAAUAUUCAACAGGAACAAUAUUGAGGGUUGCAAGUUCUGGGUUGGGAAAUACCUGGAAAGCUUG